UGCAUUCAGCAUGGGCCAGGCAAACAGUUUAUCCAGGACUGAUGACGAUUUCCCUCCAUUGUUGGCUGCAAGACUACGGACACUCUAUGAUGCCAUCAACAAGAAAGGCGAGUCUGCGUUCCAUGAAUUGUGUUGGACAGCAGCCUCUGUCCAGUGUUCAUGCCAGCCACCAUCUACUCAUGCAACUGGCCCAGAACUGCUUGGAUUGUACAAGGCUCUGUGGAUUCAUCUAUCCAAUAAAACAAAUAAACAACUGGCAUCCUAUUCUUUGUUUUCAAAAAAAGUAGCAGUUCUGCUUCAUGGAUCUCACUACGACAAAUCAGAGUUUAUUCGGGAAUCAAUUGCUCUGAUACCAAAUCUACAAAGUCUUCUAACUGCUCUGUGGUCUCAGGGAAACGGAGCACUCGCACACUGCUCGUCCACAAUCCCACUUAUAAAACACACUGAACCCCCAUCUGUCAGCAAACCGCAUUCUGCCUUGGCUGCCUUUCUUCUGGCAAAACCGCGUAAAGUGGAUGCAUCUUAUUCUGCCUUGAAUGUCAAUGACGACCAGCUCACGUAUUCGGAUCUCGCCGACUUUACUGUCUGGAUCUCACAGAGUCGCCAUGUUCAUGCAUUGUGGGAUCGUGCACUGGGUGAUAUAUUUUUCAGUCCAGACCAGCAGCCUCCCGCCAAAUCUAGACCCACCAGCACACUGUUGUCAAACGAAUCAUGCUAUGUACUUGAUCUGGCAAUGCGCAACAGUGGAUUAGACUUACCGGACUGGAGUCUGUCCUUUUCCACCAAACUGCAUGGUCAGAGUUGGACCAUCUUUUUGAAUGCCAUCAUCCCACCAGCAUCUUCACUGAUUAUUCUUCGUGAUCGAGACGGCUACAUAUUUGGCGGCUUUGCCAGUAUGCCGUGGACAACCAAUCCUCAUUUCUAUGGGGAAUCAUCAAGCUUUCUCUUUUCUAUUUCACCCAAAAUGGAAAUAUACCGCUCUACUGGAAUCAAUACCAACCAUCAAUACCUGAACACGGGACGCCAAACACUUCCAAACGGACUUGGAUUUGGCGGCCAGAUUGAGUUUUUUGGACUUUGGAUCUCUAAUCAGUUUGAUCACGGCAACUCAAUGGCAAAACCCAUUUCAACAACGUUUGGCAAUCCACAAUUGAGUAAAAAGGAAGAAUUUGAAAUUGAUUUUGUGGAGGUAUGGUGUGUCAAGCAGCAAGAUAUUGAUGACCGACUCGUUUCUACUAUGGAAGGAAAGAGUUCGAUUCUUGACCACACCGCAAGCGCUGCAAUGCUAGAAAUGGCAGGCAAAACCAUGUACGCCAAAACACUGCAUGAGCCCGAGAUUUCAUACGACUAACUUUGCACACCGCUAUUCGCAUGCCAGCUUAGCAUCGAAACUACAUAUCAUUUCAGCCAAUGUUAGAUUCUUUUAGACUGCAGUCACCAUUUCAACAAACGAUCCAAACCUUGUAAGCACUACACCAAAUGCUGCUACAAGGGAGAAUGGAUACUGAACAUCCAUUGUGAAUGUAUCGUCUGAAACUAAAAAAUUAAUAGUUAAAACCAGC